CCUCAGUCAUCUGGACAACAGACUCUAGCUUCUCCUUUUCCUCACUCGAACUCGAGCUCGACUGACACAGAGUUCGGUGAUAACCUUGUUUGAAAGCGACAAACACUUUUGGAUCGCCGGUUGAUUGGAUUUGCAACAUUUGACACACACGAGACCGAUUGUUUCUUUAACAAGAUGUCUGGAUCUGAAGAGAACAGACCACUACCGAGCCGUUCAGCCUCGCUGCCCAAGCCAAAGGGUAUCCUGAAGAAUGCUCAGCAGCCUUCAAAUACCGCACCAGCACACUCGCUGCAAUGGGACGAGGAGAACAUUGCACUUACAGAGAUCAACAAAGAUAGUCUAAUGAAGAUCACGGAACCCAAGACUCCCUUUGUGCGGUACAAUGCGCUUACUGAUGAAAUUGAGGGUGACAUCCCACACCUUAACUUGUCUAGCGGGUAUAGCUCGGGAGGGGAGGCUGGUUCGCCUCCACUGUCCAUUUCGCCGACCAAUGCCGAUACGUCUGGACCCUCGUCUCGUCGUACCUCGAUAUCCAGCUCGGGGCGUCCCGGCACCCCUGGCAGACCUGGGAGUGGAACCUCCAGCCGGAGCACGAGCUUCAACCUGCCAAACGAGGCGAGAAGGGAUUUGAGACUCGAUGGCACAGUUGGAGAUGAGAUCGAAGUUGAACCCGAGAUGGACGAAGAGACCGCCGCCAAACAUGCAGCCUUCGUCCGCGCACGAAAGGGCCACUACUCCAACGAAGCCGAGGCGAUGAAGCGGGCCGCACAGUUGAUGGCAGAAGAAGACGACGAGGCGUCGACGCGCGAACCUUCGGACGCGGAGGGGGAUGACGAGAGUGAGGAGGGCGGUGCGCCUUCGUCGAGAACGCGGGAGAUCCCUCCUGUGCCGCCUCUCCCUCCCAAUAUCAACGGGAAAGCACCUUCAACAACGUGA